AAGACUUACUGUUCAUAACGUUUACCAUGACCAGCCUUCCAACAGCAUUUCUCGCGCUUCCUCUACCAAUCGUACAGCUUUCGCUUUCUGCUGUUCUAAAAUGUGGUCAAUCAUUCCGCUGGACUGCUUAUUCUCUGAACAUUGACUCAGAAAACGCGUGUCUACCAACUCAUGAAUAUCGCUUUUGUCUCCGCGACCGCGUUGUCUGCCUUCGUCAGACACCAACCAGUCUUCUGUACCGUACAGUACUACCAGAUCCUCAACCAAAUAUUGAACAACAGAAGCUUCAUGAAGCCGAAACGUUGCUGUGGCUCAAAGACUACUUUCAACUAGACGUCAACCUUGCUUCACUCUACGAAGAAUGGGGUUCUCGAGAUAAAGUCUUCUCGGAAAUCAAAGACAGGUUCAGCGGCAUUAGAAUCUUGAGGCAGGAUCCUUGGGAGAAUCUCAUCUCAUUUAUCUGCUCUUCGAACAACAAUAUAUCCCGAAUCACAAAAAUGGUCCAAAAUUUGUCCAAGGAAUAUUCUCCUCCGCUGCUCUCUCUUUCUGUUCCUGAUGGUUCAGGUGUUGAAGAAACAUAUCAUCCUUUUCCUCCUCCUUCGGCUUUAGCGCACCCGGAUGUCAGCGCACGUCUUCGGUCUCUCGGAUUUGGAUAUCGUGCUGAGUUCAUUCACCGGACUGCAAAGAUGCUUGUCGAAACACAUGGCAGUACCGUGCAUCCGCGAGAGCAAGACGAACCUUCUGAGCAAUGGCUUCGAACGCUUCAAGAUAUGAAUACGGAGGAUGCUCGCGCGGAACUUCUCAAGUUCGUUGGUGUCGGUCGUAAAGUGGCCGACUGUGUGCUCCUUAUGAGCCUUGGCAAAACAGACGUGGUCCCGGUAGACACCCAUGUUCAUCAGAUCGCAAUCAAGUACUAUGGAAUGAAGGCGUCUCCAAAGGGUAAAAUGAACAUGACACCCAAACUUUACGAAGAACUUUCCACAAAAUUUGUACAAGUGUGGGGAGGAUAUGCAGGUUGGGCUCAUUCAGUUCUUUUCACUUCAGACUUGAAAUCUUUUUCCCUUCAUGGUCUACCUCCACCGAUGUCUCCUCUUUCCAAUCCGACGAAGAACCGGAAAAAACGAAGCCGUGAAAUGACGGACUUGGUACCAACUUUGUCAACCCCACCUUCCACGUCCUCGUUAUCGGAUUCUUCAACUGCGACAGAAUUUGCAUGCAGUAAAAGUCCGGCGGAACGCGUCAAGAAAAGAGCCCGUAAAUGACACCGGAACCGGUAGCUGUUCGUAGGCAGACAGACGUUGGUCCUCCCAAACGCUUAAACGCUUCUUUCCUCCUUGCGUUUACACAUACGUAGAAAAAAAUAACUGUACUUGGGUAACAAGAUGAAUUCGGAUUUGCCAAGUUUCGCCUAUGUCACGGCUAUGACCUUUUCUGGCCCCUAGCCACAGGAACCAGUCGAAACGUUCCUUGUCUCAUGAUGUCGACAGGUCCAUCAAUAAC